AAGAAGCAGAAACCGGAAGCUGCUAGUAGAGCUAGCUUGUUGUUGUUCUGGUGUGUGAGGAGAAUAUUUGAGGCUCUGCAGUAAAAAUGUCUUCACUUCAGUCUCUGGGAGAGUUGAUCAGCUACAGCGACUAACUGCUGCUGCUGCAGAAAUCUUCUCACCAGGCUGUGGAAACUUUCUUCUCCUCCUCAACAACUUGGUGGAGUUCUUUCCAGAACCAGAGAAGAUAUUCUGCGGUCUUCGUGACAAUCGGAGCUCCAGAAUCAGGUUGUGGAUUGAAGAGGUUCCCUCUAUCAGACUCGCUCAUCUGAGUUGGUCAUGGUGCAGGAUCGCUGCUCGCUCUCUGAUCCAUCCUGCUCACACUCUCCGACGGAAAAGCCCCGAAUCUGAAUGUGACUCUGGAGGAAAAAGCGGUUAGCUCUACUCCGUGAACUCUGCUGUUAGCUAAACACGGCUAAAGAAAACCUGCUACCACUUCAGGAUCUGGGACUGAUUCAUCGUGUGUUCUUCACCACCUGGACCUGGACAGCAUGGACACAGAUGUUCAACAGGUGAUUCUGGUUAAAGAAGAAGCUCCUGAAGAACAGAGUGGUUGUGUGAACCAGCAGGACCCAGAACACCUCCACGUAAAGGAGGAACAUGAGGAACUCUGGACCAGUCUGGUGGGAGAGCUGCUUCAUUUGAAGGAGGGGACUGAUGGGGCCAAGUUUCCCUUCACUGCAGAUUCUAUAAAAUGUGAGGAUGAUGAAGAGAAAACUUCAUUCUCACUCCUUAAUCAGCAACAAAUAGAAGACAGAGAUGUCCCAACCAGCAGCUUAGCUGACCAGAUGACAGCAGUAACUGGUGGAGGAGCAGAAACUAGGAACCCAGAUAUGAACCCUCAUGAACAGGCACUUGAUUCUUCAGAGACUGAAGUUAGUGGAGAUGAUGAAAAGGAAGAGGCUGAUGUGCAUCCAGACUCUGAGCUAUCAGACUCUGGGUCUGACACUAAAGAUGAAGACAAUGACAUGAAUGAGUCAGAUGUUAAUUUUGUCAACAAGUCCUUUAGCUGCCCUGAGUGUGGAAAAACAUUUCUGCAGAAGUGGUCUCUCCAGAAACAUGUAAGAGUGACAAGUCAUUUAGCAAUAAGGUCUUCUGGCUAUUUAGUUGAUAAGAAACAUGUUGCAGUGAAGCAAUAUGUAGAUUCAAGCAGGAAAGUCCAGAAAGAACCAAAAUCAUGGAGUUGUGAUGACUGUGGAAAAACAUUUAGACAUAAAAGUAGUCUAAAAAGACACGUGAGAGUCCACACAGGACAGAAACCAUUUGCAUGUGAACUCUGUGAAAAAAGAUUUACUCAUAAGCGAUAUCUAAACAGUCACAUGAGCGUCCACACAGGACAGCACCCAUUUGCCUGUGAACUCUGUGGACAAAGAUUUACUCAAAAGCAAAGUUUAAACAGUCACAUGAGAAUUCACACAGGACAGAAACCAUUUGCCUGUAAACUCUGUGGACAAAGAUUUUCUCAUGAGAAAAAUUUAAAGAGACACAUGGUCAUCCACACAGGACAGAAACCAUUUGCUUGUGAACUAUGUGGAAAAAGAUAUACUCAAAAGCAAAAUUUAAACAGCCACAUGAUAAUUCACACAGGACAGAAACCAUUUGCCUGUGAACUCUGUGGACAAAAAUUUACUCAAAAGCAAAAUUUAAACAGUCACAUGAUAGUUCACACAGGACAGAAACCAUUUGCCUGUGAACUCUGUGGACAAAAAUUUACUCAAAAACAAAGUUUAAACAGUCACAUGAGAAUUCACACAGGACAGAAACCAUUUGCCUGUGAACUCUGUGGACAAAGAUUUACUCAAAAGACAAGUUUAAACUGUCACAUGAGAGUCCACACAGGACAGAAGCCUUUUUACUCAUGAGCUCUUUGAACCAAUGCGGCAAGGUGGAGAAAUGAGGGCCCGGGCGGGAUUCGAUCCCCAGAUUCCCGGGUGAGAGUCAUAUGCUCUAACCAGUCAGCCAAAUGGACAUCCCCUUGGCCAAGUAGCCAGGGCGCAUGAUCAAUCGGGACAUUGUGACAGGACGCUCACACUGUCACAUCUUCCCCCCUCUUUCCACAAGCACGUCCUCGUGCUCCCUCGCAGGGUGCCACAAACUUCACAUCCAUGGACCUACUUGACAGUACUACAUGGAUCCUGCCAACAACGCCAAAUGUGGCAAGGUGGAGAAACGAGGGCCCGGGCGGGAUUCGAUCCCCAGAUUCCCGGGUGAGAGUCAUACGCUCUAACCAGUCAGCCAAAGGGACAUCCCCUUGGCCAAGUAGCCAGGACGCAUGAUCAAUCGGGACAUUGUGACAGGACGCUCACACUGUCACACCAAGAUGAAACCAUAAAACAAGUAUAAACAGUCAUUUGAGAUUCCACACAGGACAGAAGCCUUUUGCCAUGGAACUCCACUGACAAAGACCUAAAAGAGACAUAUUUAAACAGACAAGUGAGUCCACAGAUGACACAAAUAACUCAUUAUCUACAAGUUUACCUGAAAGGGGCCCUCUUUAUACAUUCUAGAUGUCAGUCUGGUACUCCUGGUAGAUUUCCUUUAUCGUAGAUCAGGGUCGCAUCUGGCCCAUGCCCUGUGAGCCACAUAUUGUGGCCCCCAAGCUGUAAAUGUUUAAAUCCCUGUUUUCAUCGAGAGACAGUGCAAAAUUGUUUGUGUCACUAAUGACUUCUGUCCUUUUCUACCAGAUUUGUAAGCAUUGUGAAACAUAGUAUGCAGCAAUUUUUUAUUAGUAGAUGGGUGCGUUUGCACUGACCAUG